UUGGGAAGUUUGAAAAUGAUGAAGUGGCGGCAGCUGUUCUGGAUUGCGUUCUGCGCCGUGGAGUUGUGUGGCAACGCUUCUGGGAACCCAACAGAGAGCCCCACACCGACAGUCACGGCCACGGAACCGAAAGGCAUCAGCAGCACAGCAGCCACCGGAGCCACCGGAGCCACCGGAGCCCUCAGCAGUGCCGAGCUGACGCCAGAGACGUCUGCUACAACCGGGUCCCUGGUAACCAACCCCCCCUCCCCGGGGCUCAGCAGCGAGCCGACGAGCCCGCAACCCAGCCGAGACCCCACGCAGACACUGGGCACCCCCUCGGACCCAGCCCACAUGACCCAAGGGGUCCCCACAACCGAGAGCCCAGAGACACAACGCAGCAUGACAGCAGAAACUCUGGGGUCCACGCUGGAUCUGGCGACUUCUGCCACCUCGGGGCAUCCUCCUGUCUCAACUGCCACCACCCCACUGCCCACGGUCAGGGACAGCCCAAAGGCCAUCACAUGCCACAAUGUCAAAGAAGUGAGUGACACUGGAGCCAUCUGCUUGCAGCUCAAUGCGUCCAACACUUGCAAACAUUUUCUAGAGAUGAAGGGAUCCGACCUAUGGAGUGCAAUAUGUGAAGAAAGAGCCGACCGCGUUCCCUCCCCUUGCCAGAUUAAACUCGCUAAAUCUGAGGUGGACCGUGAAUGUAUGCUCCUCAUCCUCGUCGGCGAGAAAGAUCCUGCUACAGAUAUGCUCCAGGAGCCUCAAUGGCAAAAGCUUGGAAUAAAAUCCCUUAAACGGGCAAGCGUGAGGAACCACCAGGACUUUUCUCAGAAGACCCUGAUCGCCUUGGUCACCUCUGGGCUCCUGCUGGCGUUCCUGGGCUUGGCUGGAUAUUUCCUGAUGAAGCGGCGGAGCUGGAGCCCCGCGGGAGAGAGGCUGGCUGAAGACCCGUAUUACACGGAAAACGGUAGCCAGGGAAACACGAUGUUGAUGAUGCCCUCCCAAGAGCAACCUGAGCUGCAGGAGAAGCCAAACCUCAACGGUGGGACUCAGGAGAACGGGACCGGCCAAGCAUCCUCCAAAAACGGGCACUCCGCCAGGCAGCACAGCCCCGCCGACACCGAAAUGUGA